ACUCUGUGAUCCACCGUCGCCGCGCCACCGGUCACCGGCCGCCGCUUGUUGUUCGUUCGCCGAAUGCCGAUCGUCGAACACCAUUCUCUAACCUCCGUUCACUGAUCAGUCGACGGUCGUCAACACCACUCAGUUGCUCCUCUCUUCUUCGCUUGUACGUCUGCCGCGGUCGCGUAUCUAUUUUAAAGCGGGCCACCGUUCGUUUUUUCGAGUCUCAUCGGUCCGAUCGCCCUCUCAAUAUUCGCGUUUACUCCUCGACACGGCCACAAGUCAACCAGCCACACGAUACCGUUGUUGGACGACGUAGGUAGACACCGCCGCAACAUUUAACAGCGACAGUACGCGGACUUGCAGAUAAGACCCAACAACAACAGGAGCCUACGACAAUUACACGUCCACCAUGUCAUCUUCGGUUUGUUCGUAUUACAUGAGAGGAUCAUGCCGGUUCGGCAACCGUUGCUGGAACUCGCACGAUCUGGGAUCCGUCCGCACCGACAGCCCGUAUCAUAUGGACGAGGUGGAUACCUCAGAUGAUGAAAUCCACUUUGUUGUUAGAGCAAGAAGAGAAACUACUCCGAUGACUGCUUCGCCAAGUAGUAGUGCUUCUAGACCUAGACAACAAAAUCAAGUUCUUCCCGAUUCAGCAAAUAAGUCAUCGGAAACUAAUGAAACUGCAUCAUCUGCAUCCAAAGAUAAAUGGUGCUUAAAAAAUGUUAAUACUGGGGAGACAAGAGCAGGUUCACCCGAUAGUGUGCUUGUAGAAACUGUAAAAAAAUUAAAUGAAGCUGAUAAUUUGGUAGUAUCACUUCGUCAACAGCUGCGUGUUAAGAAUGAGGCAGACAAUUUCUCCUGGGUUGAGCAUCAAAUGGAACAAUGCCUUGAAAGUGAUCUACAAUGUAAUAUAUGCUAUGAAAUGUUCAUCAAGCCAACUGUGCUUAAUUGCUCUCAUACAUUUUGUCAUGAAUGCAUAGAGUCAUGGACCCGAAGAGUUAAUCACUGCCCAACAUGUCGAGUUUAUGUAAAAAAUAAAUCAUACUGUCUAACUUUAGACACCUUUUUGGACAAAAUAGCUGACUGUUUACCAGAUGAAAUAAAAACAAGGCGGGAAACUUUAAAAGUCGAACGCAACAAUAAUAGAGUAUUAACAGUGGAGGUUAAUAGAAGUCGAAGAAAUAAUGCAAGGAGAAGAAACCAUAGAAAUCAGUCCAUGCAUCGAACAUUAGGUGUAUUAUGGGGUGAACGUGAUCGUGAUGGUGCUGAAUGGAAUAUUGCGCUGGAAGAAGCAUUAUUUGAUCCAAUUCGUUUAGGCGAUGUAAUUGGUAGAAAUAGAGAUGAUAGGGACGACUGGGAUGAUGAAUUGUCUGAUAGCACCUUAGACAGUUAUGAGUACUUUUGCUCUUAUUGUGACAAUAUGGGACACUCAGCGUCCAACUGCCCCAUAUCCAUAAUGGAGGAGACUGGUGAUAUAUGAAUUUUAGUUAUCGAAUAACUGACUUGGAGAUCGAAUAUCAGUUGAGUUGAUGUGUAUCAUCUGGUAUACAAUACAAAAUACUAAGUUAAAAUCAAAUGCUUACCGAGGUAACUCAACCAGUUCCGUGCCUAGACUUAAUUAGUUUUUAAUUAAUGUUUUUUUCCUGUUUUUUUAUGCAUUUGGUUAUUUUUGUGUAAUUGUAACUUAAUUAAUACAUAGUUUUUUUUUAUUGUUAAGUAUCUGUUCUAUAUCCGUUGUGUCACUGAAUUAUUUUGUCUCACUUUUUGAUGCGAUUGAACAUUAGAGUAAGUUUUAAUUUUAUGGGAGUAUAAUUUUUUUUCUCAGUUUUGAUUUUGAACAUGAUGUUUAAUUAUUAAGACCAACUACUAUUAUUGUUCUCCUCCUUAUUAUUUUUGGGGACAAUUAUUAUCAUUGAUUUAUAAUUAUUUUUUUUAUUAAUUAAGUUAGUUUACGUAAUUAUUACUAUUAUACUUUUUUCUCCUUCGGGAUGGUAAAAAUAAUCGAAUUUCAAAACUUAUUACUGUUUUGUUUUUUUUUUUUUUUUUGUUUAUCUAGAGACACACAAUGGAAAUGUCUAACGAAAAUCAAUUUUAGAACUAUAUUAUUGUAAAAAAAAUUUUGUUUAAAUAAUACACAGAAAUGAUAUGAUGUGUAAUAAAGAUUGUACUUGAUUUCAAUACAAAAUGUCUCAUACAAUAAUGUAUGCAAUUCAAUUCAUCACAUUUGUAUCAAAGUGUUGGCUUUAAAUGUUAUUUAAGCUGCUCAUUACUAUUUUUCAUUAUUCAUUCAAUUAUGAUCGCUUAUCAGUAAAUUAUAGCGUAUUUUUAACAAUUUUACAAUGCCGUAUAAUUUGAAAUGAUGAAAAUUGUAAAAAAUAUGAGAUUUAUCAGCAAAUGUAUCUGUUUCUGACCAACACUAUAAC